GCACAGCUAGUCAGUAUUCCCGACAAGCCGGAAAUUGGCGCCCAGACUCGCGCGCCAGAGGUUGCCCUGGAAACUGUGGAGCGAGGUAGUGCUGGUGUACCACGCCUAGGGUGUCAGGGUCAGCACAGGCUCUACAGAGAACUCUCCUUGGUGACUGCUACGAGUCGAGGACAACCGCGACAAAAGCAGGGCUGGAGAGAGGAGAGCUGUGCCAGGAAGGGUGGGCGAUAAGGAAAAUGGAUGCAGUGAGCUGGGCCCCAGGACGCCCCAGCCACCCUGACACACCACCCAACAUCUAUGAGGGAGGAUUGGGGGCCCAGCAGCAGCAGGGCCCCAGUGCUCAGGGAAGCAAGCCCAAGAACUUCCGACUGCGACACCUCCGGAGCCUGGCUCUCUACCUGCCAGGCCACAUGCAGCCUGCUGGCCAAUGUGGAAGCCACUGGCUAGGCCGGCUCAUGGCUGGGGGCAGCCUGACACGGCCUGAAGGCUCACCCUGGCCCCUGGACCUGCCACAGGGGACCCUGGGUCCAGGUAACAGCCAUUGCUCAGCCCUUCUGGAAGCCCACUUGCCCAGGGACAGCCUGGGAAAUACAGCUUCCAGUUCCAGCAUGGACCCAGCCAAGGGUGUCCCCUCCCAGUCUGGUCCCCCCGAGGGCUUGGGACUCAGGCCCAAGAGGUCCUGGAGAGCCUUGGAGGAGACCAUGUGUCCCUUGUGCAAGAGAACCCGCUCUGGGGCCUUGGAGAGGACAUAGGAGCCAAAGUGCCAGGGCUGGGGAACAAGAGGGGAAGGAUGGCCGAGGAGGAGGAGGCCAGUGUUACUGAGGAAGGGUUCGUCCCAGCGGCAGUCCUCCCCAUUGAGAUGGCCCCCAGAGUUGCCCAGCAGGAGACCUGGGCUAGUCUGGGGAAAGCAUGAGGGAGGGAGGGAGGAAGGAAGAAGAACCAUGAGAGGGACAGAAGAAAUGGAAUGCCCAUGCCCUUGCAGCCUGCCCAAACUCCGGUCAGCCACUUGUACCUGGGAGGUCAGGCCGAGCAGAGAAUCGGGUUCCUGAGAGGCCAGGAGUCCUCAGGUCUAAUCUCAGUAAAAGCCAAGGCCUGCA